AUGAGCUCAGUCACCAGUAGUGCAUCAGAGAACGGGAAGCAGCCACGCAUUGUGUGGAUUGUCCCGGAGAAGUUCUGUUGGGUUGGUAACGUCCCUACUACCUGUAAGACAUGUGUUGACUAUAUGAAGUGUCAUGAAGAACACUCCAACACUGUGAAAAAGAUGCAUAGGCAUCAGUCCCCAGGCUCGGUUCAGCCUACAGGGGAUGCUAAGGAGUUUAUUGCCACGCAUAUUGGUGGCGAAACAGUGUUGUACUGUGCUGAAAAUGACUAUGCAUUGAACUGUGCUAUCUAUGUGCAUCAGGGAGUAGCUAGCAAUAGGCAUUUUGGUCCGAUGAGCUUCUGGCAGAUAUCUAGAUUCUGCGAUAGCAUUGAAUCUGAGGUGGAAUCGGCGGCUAAGGCGAGUAAGGUUUUGGUCAUGAUUUCCUCACCAUUCGUGGGGGCGGCAUCGAAUGCUGUUACGAUGCUCAUGUGCUAUCUGGUAUUGAGGAGAGGGUACUCUUGUGAUUCGGUGGUUGAUAUGUUCUCUACUGCUGGUAUUGCUGCCUUCCCAAACCCGUUCGUGUAUAUCGCAACGCCCAAGUUGGCAGCGUUGAAGCCCAUCGACUGCGCUCGAGGACUGCUUAUUGCUCGCGAGAAGGGAUGGUAUCCGGAUGUAGCUGAGUGGAGAGCUCUGAGGGUGAAGUACAGCGCGACUUGGGUGGUACCUGGUCUGUUCUUGGCAAUGCCGGAUCCUGUCACUAUUGAUGAUGGAUUCAGCAGAACCAGUCUAAUUAGUAGAUCUGAUUUCGAUUCGGAUACGAUGUCGGAGUCUCGAUCACCGCCAACGACUCCUACGUCGCUGCCUCAAACGGAAGAGAGCGGUGAAGUCAGUCUAGUGGGCAAGCUACAGGAGCUCAACGUUGGCCUUAUAUUGAGAAUCAACCAGAUGCUCGAAAGGAAUGAUGAAACGCGUUGGUAUGAUCCUGACGCUAUCUUACCUGAGUCCAUAGAGCACACGGAUAUCCCACUAGGAGACGGCUCCAUACCAAGUGCAGAGGUCCUCAUCACCGCGUAUAAGUCCAUGACUAAGGUCUUACAAAAGCGUCCUAAUGCGGCUAUCGCCCUACACUGCCAUGCGGGUCUUGGUCGUACUCUCGUCCUCAUAGCUCACGUCAUUGUCCAUGCCCUAGGCUGGCCUGAGGGAGAGUACGGUGCCUUACAUGGCUGGCUACGUGUAGUGCGUCCGGGUAGCCUUACGAGUAUCCAACAGGCUGAGUUCGUUCGAGGUGGUUGCGUGGGUAAAAGUUCGAAAGAAUUGGAUGAGGCCAUUGAAGACUUCAAAAAGGCUCUGAUGCAACGGCAUGGGCAGUCGAAGCAGUCGUUGUCGAAGUCGACUCAAGCCUCACCGAAGCGUAAAGCCGCCUAUUCCAACGAUGAUAUCAAGCCGCCUGCUGCCAAGGUCUUGGCUAUGACGGUUCCUCCUGCUAAACGGUCUUGUCUGCUAUUGAAUGACAAUAACGACAACACCAAUAGCGGAGUUGUUGUGAGAGUCAGUGACGCAAGCACUGUGGAGGAGUAUUAG